CAGGGGUCAGAGGUCAGGGACGGAAGACGUCUCUGGACGGAGACGGAGAUCCCAGGGAGGGAGGGCUCGGUUGUUCUGGAUCCCGGGAAACUACAGGGCUGAGAGGGAGCAGCAGCGCGAGUUUCCUCGACCCUUCCCCAUCCCAGACCUGCGGGCCUCUGGACCGCCGCGGCUCCCCUGGGACGAAGUGGGGCCGUGGAAAAGAUCUUGGGAAUCAACUUGUCAGUUUCUACAAAAACAGCCUGUUGGGAUUUUGAAUGGGAUUACUUUGACUCUGUAGAUCAAUAUCAAGGAAUUGACAUUUUGGCAUCUUGAGUCUUCCAGCCCACAAACACAGUACACAAGUUCACAUUAACAAGAAAACUUGAAAAUGAGCAGCCGACGGAAACGUGCUCCUCCAGUGAAGAUAGACGAGGAAAAGCAACAGCAGCUUUGCUGGAAUAUGCAUGAGGACAGAAGGAAUGAACCUCUCACCUUGACUGAUGAUGAGCACCCCUGCCCAGGUUUGGACUCCUCCUCUGCUCAUUGCAUCAUCCUAGAUGACGGUAUAAAGGAAGAAGAGGCUCACAGAGAUAAGAAGAGGUGUUCAGAGGCAGUGAGCAUCUCAAAAUCAAUUGAUAAACAAGAGACUGAUGGCAUUUCUUCCCCUUUGUCUAUAAAGCUGAAUAUUGUCAUUUCUCCCUAUCACGUUGAUGAUUCUUGGAAAGCGUUUCUAGGAGAAUUUACUCUUCAACUUCUUGCUGGUCAGAGUUUAAUUGAAAAUUUUUCUGAAAAGAGUUUUACACUGAUGAGUUCAGAGUCAAGCAAUCAGUUCCUGAUGUGUAUUCAUUCAGAAAGUGAAGAUACAGAGAAACAAAAAAGAGGACUCACUGAGCCAAUCCGCAUUUGUGACAAGGGUACUCAAGUGGAAUCAUCCUUUAGUGGUGAAAUGUUAGAAGAUUUGGGGUGGCUGCAGAAGAAGAAAAGAAUAAAACUUUACCAAAAGCCCGAAGGAAAUCACAUUGUCAAGGUUGGAAUUUAUCUUUUGGAAGGUGGCCUAGCGAAACUAGAUUUUCUGAGUGAUGCAAAUUCAAGAAUGAAAAAGUUCAAUCAGCUCAUGAAGAGAGUGAUGGAAAAGUUAUACAAUUUUGUCAUUCCAGAUGUGUUGGAAGAGGAUGAGGAAGAUUCAGAGAGUGAGCCAGAGGGACAGGACAUUGAUGAGCUCUAUCACUUUGUGAAACGAACGCAUCAGCAAGAAACACAGUCCAUCCACGUGGAUGUCCAGCAUCCUGCACUGACUCCUGUGUUGAGACCAUACCAAAGAGAGGCUGUCAAUUGGAUGCUACAACAAGAGCGUUUUAGAAGUACUCCUGCUAAUGAAAAUGCCCUGCACUUUCUAUGGCGAGAAGUUGUUACAUCGGAGGGUUUGAAACUCUACUACAAUCCAUAUACAGGCUGCAUCAUCCGGGAGUACCCAAAUGCUGGGCCACAGUUGCUUGGUGGAAUCUUAGCAGAUGAAAUGGGUCUUGGGAAGACGGUGGAGGUUUUGGCUCUGAUUCUGACGCAUACUCGACAAGAUGUCAAACAAGAUGCUCUCACUCUUCCUGAGGGAAAAGUGGUGAAUUAUUUCAUUCCAUCACAUUAUUCUGGAGAAAAUGUAAAAAACACAGAAACCCAGAAUAUGGAAUUUGAACCAAAAGAAAAAGUUCAGUGCCCCCCUACACGUGUGAUGAUCCUGACAGCUGUGAAAGAAAUGAAUGGGAAAAAAGGAGUUUCCAUUCUUUCCAUCUAUAAGUAUGUCAGUUCUAUAUAUAGAUAUGAUGUACAGCGGAACAGGAGUCUUCUGAAACGGAUGCUGAAAUGUUUGAUUUUUGAAGGUCUUGUGAAACAGAUCAAAGGCCACGGUUUUUCUGGUACUUUUACAUUGGGGAAGAAUUACAAGGAAGAGAAUAUGUAUGAUAAAACAAAAAAGCAGGCAGUGGGGAGUCCAAGGAAAAUUCAGAAAGAAUCCAGAAAAUCAGGGAGCAAGGACACGGAUUCUGAAUACUUGCCCUCAAACACCUCUGAUGAUGAUGAUGAUCCUUACUAUUAUUACUAUAAGACCAGGAGAAGUCGUAAUAAAUUGAGGAAAAAGCCUGUUCCAUCCACAAAGAAGGAAAAAAAUCAGCUUAACAUCAAUCUCAACUCACAAGAUCACUGUCUAGCUACUGGUGACUCUGGAAUUACUGAUGUUACCACACCUGAAUGUAUCUUUGAAGUCAAACAAGAACAUACAGCAAAGGACCAAGUUGAAUCUCUAAAUCCUGCUGGUGGUGACAUGCCACAUUCUAAUACCAUGAGUCCCUAUGACUUAUCUGAUUACCGCUUUGAGUGCAUAUGUGGUGAGCUUGACCAGGUAGACCGUAAGCCUCGCGUUCAGUGCCUGAAAUGCCACUUGUGGCAACAUGCAAAAUGUGUGAAUUAUGAAGAGGAGAAUCUGAAGGUUAAACCUUUCUACUGCCCCCACUGCCUUGUUGCGAUGGAGCCAGUAUCAACAAGAGCAACUCUGAUCAUCUCCCCCAGUUCCAUUUGUCAUCAGUGGGUGGAUGAAAUCAACAGGCAUGUGAGAUCUUCCUCUCUGCGAGUCUUGGUAUAUCAAGGAGUGAAGAAAGAUGGCUUUCUACAGCCUCAUUUUUUGGCAGAACAGGAUAUAGUUAUCAUUACUUAUGAUGUCCUUCGUUCAGAGCUAAACUAUGUAGAUAUCCCACACAGCAAUAGUGAGGAUGGGCGUCGCUUAAGGAACCAGAAGCGCUACAUGGCCAUUCCCAGCCCUCUAGUAGCUGUGGAGUGGUGGAGGAUCUGCCUUGAUGAAGCCCAGAUGGUUGAAUGUCCUGCUGUAAAAGCUGCAGAAAUGGCUCAGCGCUUGAGUGGGAUUAACCGCUGGUGCAUCAGUGGCACUCCAGUACAAAGAGGAUUGGAGGAUCUUUUUGGGUUAGUGGUCUUUCUUGGUAUUGAACCUUACUGUGUCAAACACUGGUGGGUUCGACUUCUCUAUCGUCCUUACUGCAAGAAGAAUCCUCAGCUCCUGUACAGCUUUAUUGCCAAGAUUCUGUGGAGGUCUGCAAAGAAAGAUGUGAUUGACCAAAUCCAGAUACCUCCUCAAACAGAAGAAAUCCACUGGCUCCACUUUUCUCCAGUGGAAAGACAUUUCUAUCACCGUCAGCACGAAGUGUGCUGCCAGGAUGCGGUGGUAAAACUCAGGAAGAUUUCUGACUGGGCUCUGAAGCUCAGCAGCCUGGACAGAAGGACUGUCACCUCCAUCCUGUAUCCAUUGCUAAGGCUCAGGCAGGCCUGCUGCCACCCACAGGCUGUUCGUGGGGAAUUCUUGCCACUCCAGAAAAGCACCAUGACAAUGGAAGAGCUGCUGACAUCUCUGCAGAAGAAAUGUGGAACUGAAUGUGAAGAAGCACAUCGGCAACUAGUUUGUGCUCUCAAUGGCUUAGCAGGCAUCCACAUCAUUAAAGGUGAGUAUGCCUUGGCAGCAGAAUUGUACAGAGAAGUGUUGCGUUCGUCUGAGGAACACAAGGAAAAACUCAAAACCGAUUCACUGCAAAGACUUCAUGCCACCCAUAACUUGAUGGAAUUAUUGAUAGCGAAGCACCCAGGGAUUCCUCCUACCCUGAGAGAUGGCAGACUUGAGGAAGAGGCCAAGCAGCUGCGAGAGCAUUACAUGAGCAAGUGCAAUUCAGAGGUCGCCGAGGCGCAGCACGCCCUGCUGCCGGUGCAGCAGACCAUCCGUGACCUCCACAGAAAGAUUUAUUCUAAUUCUCCUUGGUGGCUCAAUGUGAUCCACAGAGCAAUAGAAUUUGGGAUUGAAGAGGAGCUUAUUCAAAGAGUGCGAAAUGAAAUAACCAGCAACUAUAAGCAACAAACUGGCAAGCUUUCUAUGUCAGAGAAGUUCCAUGACUGCAGAGGUCUUCAGUUCUUACUAACAACACAAAUGGAAGAGCUAAGUAAGUUCCAGAAGCAAGUAAGAGAGGCUGUAAAAAAUCUAGAGGGACCUCCAUCUCGUCAUGUUAUCGAGUCUGCAACAAUCUGCCAUCUCCGACCAACCAGACUUCCUCUCAACUGCUGUGUCUUUUGUAAGGCUGAUGAAUUGUUCACAGAGUAUGAAUCGAAGCUGUUUUCUCACACAGUCAAAGGCCAGACUGCAAUAUUUGAGGAGAUGAUAGAAGAUGAGGAAGGACUGGUGGAUGAUCGGAUACCUACCACCAGCCGGGGUCUGUGGGCAAUAAGUGAGACAGAGCGAUCUAUGAAAGCUCUGCUAUCAUUUGCAAAGUCACAUAGAUUUGAUGUUGAAUUCAUUGAUGAAGGAAGUACUUCAAUGGAUCUCUUUGAAGCCUGGAAGAAAGAAUAUAAGUUGCUUCACGAAUAUUGGAUGGCUCUGAGGAAUCGUGUGUCUGCUGUUGAUGAGCUUGCAAUGGCUACAGAACGACUAAGAGUUCGUGACCCUAGGGAGCCAAAGCCCAAUCCACCAGUUCUUCACAUCAUUGAGCCACAUGAGGUAGAACAAAACCGUAUAAAACUACUGAAUGAUAAAGCUGUUGCUACAUCACAGCUUCAGAAAAAGCUUGGGCAGCUUCUUUACCUAACUAACUUGGAGAAGUCUCAGGACAAAACAUCAGGAGGUGUCAAUCCAGAACCUUGUCCAAUCUGUGCUCGGCAGCUGGGAAAACAGUGGGCAGUACUGACCUGUGGGCACUGUUUCUGUAAUGAGUGCAUUUCAAUUAUUAUCGAACAAUACAGCGUGGGGUCUCAUAGGAGCUCCAUUAAGUGUGCCAUUUGCCGCCAGACCACAUCUCACAAAGAAAUCUCAUAUGUCUUCACUUCAGAGAAAGCCAGCCAGGAAGAGGACAUCCCUGUGAAGGGUAGCCAUUCUACAAAAGUAGAAGCUGUGGUCAGAACUCUGAUGAGAAUCCAGCUUAGAGAUCCCGGGGCUAAAGCGCUUGUUUUCUCAACGUGGCAAGAUGUAUUAGAUAUUAUUUCAAAAGCUCUCACUGACAACAACAUGGAAUUUGCACAGAUCAGUCGUGUUAAGACAUUUCAGGAGAACCUUUCAGCAUUUAAAUAUGAUCCCCAAAUCAAUAUUUUGCUGCUGCCCCUGCACACAGGUUCUAAUGGAUUAACUAUCAUCGAAGCAACUCAUGUUCUCUUGGUGGAGCCCAUAUUGAACCCUGCCCAUGAGCUUCAGGCCAUAGGAAGGGUACACCGGAUUGGACAGACAAAACCCACUAUUGUACACAGAUUCUUAAUUAAAGCGACAAUAGAAGAAAGAAUGCAAGCAAUGCUGAAGACUGCUGAGAGGAGUCACACGAACUCAUCAGCGAAGCAUUCAGAGGCCUCUGUCUUGACCGUGGCGGAUCUGGCUGACCUAUUUACCAAAGAAACUGAAGACCUUGAAUGAAGUACACUUGAUUCAAUCCACAGACUUUAUUGUAUUUUAAAACUUUCAUAGUUUAUAGAAUAAAGUUUAAGUAAAACAAUCCAGUAGAUGUCAGUAAACACUGUUUUCAUUUGAAUGAAUUUAUUUCCUUUUUAGUUGCACAGUGUCCUAGUAAGUACUGAGUCCUUUUCAGUAUUCUGUUUCCAGAAGAUCUAUAAAGAUUUUUAAUUUUACACUUCUAAUAAAAUAUUUAUUUUUGUUCCAAAGAGUAGCUCUAGCUGAGGGAAUUGAGAGGAAAUGUGUACUUUUCUUUUGAUAAGAUUAGUCUUUGAAAGAGUUGGAAUAAGAGAGUAAGUAAACUAGUCUAGUUUUCUAUGACCCAGGAUAUUCAACCAACUUAGAUCUCAUUUUUGGAAGAGCUUUCAGUGUGUUUAGCACGUGAUUCACCAAUAUCUUGUUAGUAAUAUUUUUAAAAGAUAGUGAAUUACAUUAACAUCUAGUUCUUUGAAUAGGUAUAGACUGUAACUCCAUAAAUCAUAACUUUACAGUAAUGCAACUCCUAACAGUAGUUAAUAUUAGGCAAUUAUUUCCUUUCUCUGUAUCUUGCUACUAAAAAUUAAAACAUUGAGCACUUUAAGUAUUUCUAUUAUGUGUUAAGUAUUGUCAGUCUAAGCCGUUAACUUUAGCUUUUUUAAAAGUGUAUUAAUGUUUACUUACCUUAAAAUUAUCUAAAUUGCUUUCUCUAUUUUUAUGUUUUCUUGUGGUUAAGUUUUUAUGUGUUUUGAGAUCGAUGUAUCUGCAAAUAUUGCAAUUUUAUAAUUUUAGUUCUCAUUAUAACAUGGAAAUAUGGCAGGGUUUUUUUUUUUUAUCAUUAUUAUACUGAUGUCUUUGGUUCUUUUCCUUUCCCGUGUUCUUGUGUAACUAGACUUUUAACCACUAAUAUCUGAUUUAUGAUAGUGCUUGUUAUUUCAUUCCACUAAUACUUCCCUCAAGGACUAGUGUUUGAUCUUUGGAACAAGAGAAUGUCAUAUUCACAUAAGCAAAUAACUGCAAGUCAUAAUAACCUAGUGUUUCUUCUUCUGUGAAGAAUUAAUGAACUUUGAAAUUGCUAAAUAAGGAGUAGUUUGUUGUAUCCUAGCCAUUCGAUGUAAUACAAAUGUUUUUGAUUUGUUUUGUUUUCUUUGAGCCUUCAGAGUUUUAAAUGACCCUCAGGAUUCAUUAGCUCCUACUUAGUUACGCAGAAAACCGUAAUAGAAAUAUCCCCUGGAUCACAUUUAUCCAAGAGGCUUUGGUGCUUAGUUAAGGUGCAUUUUCUUAUUCUGGUUUAUAGGGUGACAUAAUUCAGCUGAAGAAAACACACACACAUUUUUGGUGCUUAUUCUUCAGUUGAAAGAAGAUAUGCAUUGAUUAUUUUAUAUGAAAUGAAACAGAACUAUUAUUUUUGUAGCUCUUUACAUAUUAUAAAGAGCUUUCCUAUACAUUUACAUGCUUAAUUUUCCCAACAGUCCUGUGAAGUUGAUAUAAUUAACAUCAUUCCUGUUUUAAAGGUAGAGAACUGAGAUUCAGAAAUACUGAAAAACGUGCCUAUGGCACAUCCAAGUAAACAGUGGAGCCCAGGUCCCCUGGCUCCAAAUCUCAUGUUCUUUCUCUAAAUUGUAUACCUUGCUGAGAUUCAGAAGGCCCAUGGUUGCAGUUUAAUAAUGAACAUAUUUCAGUAUUUCUUUUUGUUUGUUUCCUAAUAUUCCUUUUUGAGGUAAAGUUUUAGGGAAACACUUUGAUAUGCUUCAAUUUUGUAAACAAAAAAAAAGAAGAAGAGAAAAGAAAAGAAAUCCAAAUAUAUCUAUAAAUAUAUCUAUCUGUAUUAGAGAAAAACUGCUGUUAUUUAUUUCUGUAAAAUAUUAUCAAUUAAAUAAAUAUUUUAGUGGAAAUUAAAA